UAAAGAAGGGUAGUGCCACUUCCUUCUUUCUAAUUCACUAGCACGACCUGCUCUUCGAAAAAGAACUUUCUCAGAUGAGCUCCUCGGGGCUGCUGUGGAGCUGUGCUUCUCAAGAAUCAAAACCAGCCCUGUUACUCCUGAGAAAAGCCCUCGUCUGGCCUCAUCCCGGGGCAGGCCGGGCCUUCAUGCUUCUGUGGGUGUCAGUGCUGGUCCUGGCUCCUGUCCGUGGAAAAUCUGAAGCUGCGUCCAAACCCGUGAUUUCCCUCCAUCCUCCAUGGACCGUCGCCUUCAGAGGAGAGACAGUGACCCUGACUUGUCACGUAUUGCAUUUCCACGCUCCAGAGAAAAUAAAACGGUUCCUUUGGUACCGCGAGGGUAGAAUACUACGCGAAACCCCAAGAAACACCCUGGAGGUCCAUGACUCCGGACAGUACAGAUGCCAGACCCAGGACUCGCUCCCAAGUGACCAUGUGAGCUUGACCUUUUCUUCAGAGAACCUGAUCCUGCAGGCUCCCCCCUUCGUGUUUGAAGGCGACUCUGUGGUUCUGAGAUGCCGAGCAAAUGCAGAAAUCACUCUGGAUACCAUGACACUGCACAGGCAGGGCGAGGUCCUGAGCAUCUCUGAUGAAAGUUCCGACUUCCGCAUCGAGCAAGCAAGUCUCAAAGAUAACGGAGACUAUCACUGUUCCGGAUUUAAGAAUGGCUGCUGUUCCUACUUUUCCAACACGAUCAACAUCGAAGUCCAAGAGCUGUUUCCACGUCCCGUGCUGACAGCCAGCCUCUCACCGAGCGUCUCUGGGAAGUCAGUGACCCUGACCUGCAAGACCAAGCUCCCUCCGCUGAGGUCAGACGUCAAACUCUGGUUCCGCUUCUUCAAAGACGACCACAUGCUGCAGUUGGGCUUGGAAAGCUUUCUGAAAAUCUCGACCCUCACCACGAGGAGCAGAAACCCGCCGUAUUACUGGUGCGAGGUCCAGAGAGGGUCUUCCGGCGUCUGCAAACAGAGCCAGAAAUCCCAGCUACGCGUGCAGAUCCCUGUGUCUCGUCCUGUCCUCACCCUCGGCCCCCAUGGGGCCUCGGUUCCUGAAGGAUAUACAGUGACGCUUACCUGUAAAGCCGAGAGUGGCUCCUUCCCAAUCUUGUACCAGUUCCUUCGCGAAGAAGUCGUCAUCCAGAAGAUGGAGCCCACUCGGGGCAUGAAGUCCGUCAUGUCUCUGAGGGCAGAGCAUUCUGGAAACUACUACUGCACCGCGGACAACGGCCUGGGUGCCCAACGCAGCCUGCCCGUCUACCUCACCGUGACUGUCCCCGUGUCUCGUCCUGUCCUCGCCCUCAGCCCCCGUGGGGCCUCGGUUCCUGAAGGACAUACAGUGACGCUUUCCUGUAAAGCCGAGAGAGGUUCGCCUCGCACCCUGUACAAGUUUUAUCACGAGAAUAUCAGCCUGGGGAGCAGGUCGGUCCUGUCUGCAGGAGGAGUGUCCCUCCGUGUCACUGUGACGGUGCAGGACUCUGGGAACUACUUCUGUACCGCUGACAAUGGCUUCGGGCCCCAGCGCAGUGAGGCCAAGAGCCUCUCUGUCAAAGUCCCAGUGUCCCGCCCCAUCCUCACCAUCAAGAGGCCCAGAUCCCAGGCCGUGGAGGGGGACGUGGUGGAGCUUUACUGUGGGGCCUGGAAGGGCUCUCCCCCCAUCCUGUACCGGUUUUAUCACGAGGACAAUGCCCUGGGGAGCAGCUGGGACUACAACAGAGGAGGAGCGUCUUUCAAACUCCCCCUGUCCGCAGAACAUUCUGGAAAAUAUGCCUGUGAGGCCGACAAUGGCCUGGGGGCCUGGCGCAGUGAGACAGUGUCACUCGACGUCAAAAUCCCAGCGUCCCGCCCCGUCCUCACCGUCAGGACGCCCAGGGCCCAGGCCGUGGAGGGGGACGUGGUGGAGCUUCGCUGUGAGGCCCGGAGGGGCUCUCCCCCCAUCCUGUACCGGUUUUAUCACGAGGACAACGCCCUGGGGAGCAGCAGGGUCCACAACAGAGAAGGAGCGUCCUUCAAACUCCCCCUGUCCGCAGAACAUUCUGGAAAAUAUGCCUGUGAGGCUGAUAAUGGCCUGGGGGCCCGGCGCAGUGAGACAGUGUCACUCAACGUCACAGUCCCAGCGUCCCGCCCCGUCCUCACCGUCAGGACGCCCAGGGCCCAGGCCGUGGAGGGGGACGUAGUGGAGCUUAGCUGUGAGGCCCAGAGGGGCUCUCCCCCCAUCCUGUACCAGUUUUAUCGCGAGGACGUCCCCUUGAGGAGCAGCUCGGCCCCCUCUGGGGGAGGAACGUCUUUCUACCUGUCUCUGACUACAGAACAUUCUGGAAACUACUCCUGCGAGGCCAACAAUGGCCUGGGAGCUCAGCGCAGUGAGGUGGUGUCACUCAGUGUCAUCGCGGACCGCGCAUCGUGCCCGCCACACUCAGUAUUCCUGACGUUCUGCUCACCUUCAUGCCUUUGUUUCUAUGAUUCCUUCACACGAUGCAGGCUGUUUCUGCUGCUGCCAUCACACCUGAGGGACUCCUUGCCUGGACUCCUCCCAGCGUCGCACCCCACCCUCACCCUCAGGGCGCCCGGGGCCCAGGCCAAGGUGGGAGACAUGGUGGAGCUUCGCUGCGAGGCCCAGAGGGGCUCUCCCCCCAUCUGGUACCGGUUUUAUCACGAGGACGUCCCCCUGGGGAACAGCUCGGCCCCCUCUGGAGGAGGAGCGUCCCUCAACCUCUCUCUGACCGCAGAACAUUCUGGAAACUACUCUUGCGAGGCCGACAACGGCCUGGGGGCCCGGCGCAGCGAGGCGGUGCCACUCAGCAUGUCAGGGCUGACCGGGAGCAGAAGUGGCCCCAUUGCUACGGGUGUCACCGGGGGGCUGUUCAGCACCCUGGGCUUUGGGGUCGUGGCCCUGCUGUUGUAUUGCCGGCUCCCAAGGAAAGCAGGAGGAAGGCCGACCUCUGACCCCUCCAGGAGCCCUUCAGACUCCAACAUCCGAGAGCCCAUCUACCACAAUGCACCAGCCUGGCUGGAACUGCAGCCAGUAUACAGCAAUGUAAAUCCGAAAGGAGGAGAAGUUGUGUACUCGGAAGUCCAGAGGAUUCCGCAGGGGAGCAAACCUGCAGCGAACCCGGACUCCGUGUUAGGGCUCCUCCGGACCCACCUGCCCUCCCACGGCCAGGCCGCCAGCCACCGGCCUUCCGACCCCCCGGGCUCGUCUGUCAUCUACUCCCAGGUGAAGGUGGCAUGACCCUCGGCCUCCGUGGCUCCUCAAAGCUGAGUCCACACACACGCCCUGCGUCCCAAGCCAUCCUGGGGGCAAGGACAUCGGCAUGGGGUGACUUGAACGGGUCCAGGCCCCAUCCCCUGGCCUCUGCCCUCGGUGUGACCGGAGCACGGGACUGUGGGACGCUGCCGUUUCGCAAGUGAAAGUCCGUGCACCUCACGGGCUUUCUGUCUGGUGACACGUUGCUCCCCCCGGGGCCAUCCCGUCCCCUGGCUUCCUUAGCGGGCUUCAGCCACAGUCCCUGUUCUGGGUCCCACUCCCGUGCACACGCCAGCCGCUCCUAGUGGAGCCUGCUCCGGGACUUCGAGGAGGCCACCUGCCCCCUUCCUGUGGACACCCGUCACCUGUAGAGACCUCCACCAUAGACACCUGCUCCCCCUGGACACCUGCCCCCCCCCUCCCCCCGCCGCGGACACCUGCUCCCCUGCAGCUCCUUUCUUCAGCGCUCUUCCGUCUGGUGGGGCUACCGUGGCAGUCUACCAAGUGGGGACGGGCGCAGCUGGCUGUGGACCUCCCUCCCCACCAUGGGGCUGCAUUUCAUGCCCCCCACCUGCCUGGGACGUUAAGGUCAGCCCCUGACAGCACGAGAGCUUCUCCCCUGCAUGCGGGCCCACACCCCUGCCAGUGGGCUCACAUCCCCUUCCCGUGAGCCCUCCGGUGUGGGUGCAGGAACGCGUCUCACCUGCGCAGAGCUCCUGUCGGGAGGCUCC